UGAACGCGGGUAAGGCUUUGAUCUGGAGGUUGCCGCAAAAACCCAGACCGGAAACGCAUCACGUGUAUUUCAUCGGCCGAUAGCGGAUUUUUAGAUUCAUUGGAAACGAAUGUUGUCGAUUUUGCGUGCUUCUUUUAAGUAUCGUGCGAUUCUACCUUGCUCAAGACUCCUCUUAACGCGCACAAUGGCAAAUGCACCAUUCCCUAAUGAUUUUACGUUGUAUGCCCCCUUGAAGGAGAUCGACCCUGAGGUCGACGAUCUCAUCCAUAAGGAGACAUGGAGGCAGUUUUCCGGCCUAGAGCUUAUUGCCUCUGAGAACUUGACCAGCCGUGCGGCUAUGGAGGCAAAUGGGUCAAUUUUGACCAACAAAUAUUCUGAAGGUCUCCCUGGAGCCCGCUACUACGGCGGAAAUGAGCACAUAGACGUACUGGAACGACUCUGUCAAAAACGGGCAUUAGAAGCGUUUCAUCUAGAUCCUUCAAUUUGGGGCGUGAACGUCCAACCGUACUCUGGUUCGACUGCGAACUUUGCUGCUUUCACCGCCCUCAUCGAGCCACAGGAUCGAAUUAUGGGCCUCGGCCUUCCAGACGGUGGACACCUCACCCAUGGAUACUAUACUGCGAAAAAGAAGAUUUCAGCUUCUUCGAUCUACUUUCAGUCAUUUCCUUAUAGUCUUGACCCCACAACUCAACUCAUUGACUAUCCCGGUCUUCGCAAAUUGGCUCACUCUUUUAAACCAAGAUUGAUCGUUUGCGGUGCUUCUGCCUAUCCCAGAGAUUGGGACUAUAAAAAGCUUCGUGAGGCCGCUGAUGAACACAAUGCUUAUCUGCUGGCGGAUAUCGCACACACCAGUGGUCUCAUUGCCUCUCAGGAGUUGAAUAAUCCCUUCGAGUACUGCGAUGUUGUCACCACUACAACGCAAGUCUUGAAAUCCACUCACAGCGUGACCUUAUUCUUACACCGCAAGGGCUCCGAAGAUUUAGAGAACCGCGUAAACAUGGCUGUCUUUCCUGCCUGCCAAGGUGGUCCACACAACAACACUAUCGCUGCUGUGGCUGUUUCCCUUAGGCUAGCCGCUCAGCCGGAGUUCAAGGUUUAUGCUAAGCAAGUCAUCCAAAAUGCUCGUGUACUGGCUGAGGAACUCCUCAAGCACAAUUACACUCUGCAAACUGGUGGCACGGACAGCCACCUGAUCCUUUGGGAUUUAAGGCCUCUCAAGCUUACUGGCAGCAAGGUUGAGAAGAUUGGAGAUCUCGUCGGCAUCACUAUCAAUAAAAAUGCCGUUUCUGGCGAUGCUUCGGCUCAAGUACCUGGUGGUAUUCGCCUUGGCACAUCCGCACUCACUUCACGUUCUAUGAACGAGGAAGACAUUAAAAUUGUUGCCGACUUCCUCCACCGUUCUGUCCAACUCGCUCUUGUGCUUCAGAGGGAAGCUGGCUCCAAGUUGCUCAAGGAUUUCGUCCGCGUUGCGACUAGUGGUGACGGUGAAGGCUUCAAGGGAGUUCAGCAACUCCGUAGGGACGUGAGGGCAUUCGCGCGCAAGUUCCCGUUACCUGGUGUAGAUAUCACAACGCUCACUAAACCGGCUGGGCUCGAGGAGGAUGACUGAGUCAUCUAUCACGAAAAGUUGCACAAAACGUUUAAUGAUUAGGACUUCAACCGUCCUGUUACACUCCCCGUCAGCAUUCACCCAAAACGAAAUCAUCUAAGCAUCCACUUAUGUUCCGCAUCCAUUCAUCCAUUUGACUUGUGCAUCAUUUUUAUGUACAUUACGGACAUUCAACAUAGUCCAUUUGGAAUACAUCUGAUUAAGAACGUUUGUCCGAAUUUCAUUGCGCGGGUGAGUUCGG